CCCGCGGCCCCGCCGCGCCCUGCCCGCCGCCUGCCACCCGCGCCGCCUGCCGCACCGCCUUCUCGUCCUCACCCUCAUGUGCUUCCUGGGCUUCGGCAGCUACUUCUGCUACGACAACCCUGCAGCCCUCCAGACGCAGGUGCAGCGGGAUAUGAAGAUGAACACAGCCCAGUUCAUGGCACUCUAUGCCUGGUAUUCCUGGCCUAAUGUGGUUCUUUGCUUCUUUGGAGGCUUUCUGAUAGACAGAGUCUUUGGGAUACGGCUGGGCACAAUAAUAUUUAGCAUCUUUGUUUGUGUUGGCCAGGUGAUUUUUGCUUUGGGAGCACUGCUUAAUGCUUUCUGGCUGAUGGAUGCAGGUAGAUUCAUAUUUGGAAUAGGUGGAGAGUCCUUGGCAGUGGCACAAAACACUUAUGCAGUCAGCUGGUUUAAAGGCAAGGAGCUAAAUCUAGUGUUUGGAUUACAGCUGAGCAUGGCCAGGAUUGGGAGCACAGUCAACAUGAACACCAUGACCUGGAUAUACUCCAGAGUUCAAGACCUUGUGGGCUAUACCGGUCCUACUACUCUUGGGCUGACUCUCAUGAUAGGGAGUGUCACAUGUCUCUUCUCACUCUGCUGUGCAUUAGUCCUGGCUUACCUGGACAGGAGAGCAGAGAAGCUGCUUUGUAAAGAGCAAGGCAAAACAGGUGAAGUGAUUAAGCUCACUGAUGUGAAGGACUUCUCUCUGUCCCUGUGGCUUAUAUUUGUCAUCUGUGUCUGUUACUAUGCUGCAGUCUUUCCUUUCAUUGGACUUGGAAAGGUUUUCUUUAUUGAGAAAUUCAAUUUCUCACCUCAAGAAGCAAGUGCAAUUAACAGCAUUGUCUACAUCAUCUCAGCACCCAUGUCCCCAGUCUUUGGAUUGCUGGUGGAUAAACUUGGCAAGAAUAUCAUCUGGGUUUUGUGUGCUGUUGUCACCACACUUGCUUCUCAUAUGAUGUUGGCCUUCACUUUCUGGAACCCCUGGAUAGCAAUGUGUUUGCUAGGAGUGGCUUACUCCUUGCUUGCCUGUGCCCUGUGGCCCAUGGUGGCCUUUGUUGUUCCAGAACACCAGCUGGGAACUGCUUAUGGCUUCAUGCAGUCCAUCCAGAACCUUGGCCUGGCCAUCAUUGCCAUAGCAGCUGGGAUGAUCCUGGACACCAAGGGAUACCUGUUCCUUGAAGUCUUCUUCAGUGCCUGUGUUUGCUUGUCACUCACAGCUGUGGUCAUGCUGUACUUUGUGAAUCACCUCACAGGUGGUGAGCUCAACUGGUCUGCAAAGAAAAGGGAAAAAAUGCAACAGGUAGCUGCAACUGAAGCAGAAGAGCAAGAGAGGCUCAGACGUCAAAAUGAAGAUGAUUUAGCUAAAUUACAGCCAAAAGCUGAUGACUUUAGUUACAGGAAUAAAUACCUCUCCAAACUAGGAGCUCAGCUACCAGAUAAUUACUCAUCCUAUUUAUCAACAAUGGCACACAGAAGCGUGUUGAAGUAGCAUGGUGGAAGUUCCUGAGCCACAAAAACUUUGUUUCCAGUAUUGCCAACUACACCAGAAGCAUGCACUGCACUUUUUUUACAGCACUUGGCUUCAAUUCCCCCUCCACACCAUGGGUAAAUAACAGAGAUCCUGAUGAAGGACCUUCUGGCUGUUUGUUUGGACCCAUGAGUUCUACAUGCUGCAUCCUCCUGUGGUCAAAAGGACUUCAGUAGCUUGAGAGCUGAAAAUGAUCCUUUCUGACUGCACAACGAGGCCUGAAAGCUUCAUUGCAGGAUUCAAAUCACUGUGAAAUGAGCCUGGAUGGAGCUUUGGGUUAUGCAGCCUCCGAAGUUGCCCAACUUUGUUGCCAUGUUGGAAGUUGGGAAGUUGGUUUAACUUUCUCUUUUCUUAUAGAAAAAUGUGAGGUAAAAAUUCUCUUUUCUUUUGGUCCAAGCAAAUGCUUCAGAGGCAACUCAGGUUCUGUAAUUUCAGUGUUACCACUUCAAAAAGUCCUAGCCUUGGAAUUUUACUGUCAGGACUUAGCAAUGAAGUCUUCAUUCAGGGGAAAAAGGGAGUUGAAGAGGUGGUGAAUAAAAUUAUGAGAAGAGUUGAGGGUAGGUAAGUGGUGACUGAAAAUUAUAAGGAGUACAGGCAAAAAGGGAAUUGAGUGCAAGGAAAAGGGAGAGCUGAGGGCAGGCAAGGAUUGAGGACAAGCACUGAAGUUUUGGCUUUCACCUGGAGGAAUGUUCAACUCCAUGCUGAAACUUCCUGGUUUCUUUCCCCUUGUUUGAGUGGAAGCCUUGGUGCUGAGUAGCUGCUUAACCCCUCCAGGCUGCAGUUUCCUUUGUUUUCAUUAAUGAGAAAGGGUCAAUUAGGUAAUUCGACCUAGAAUUAACCUGAAUUCUAAAGUCAAGAGGCUUUUGUGGAGCUGUAGGUGGAGGAGAGGGUGAGUGAGCUUUGCUUGGUUGGCUGAAGGAGUCCUUGUGUCCCAUAAAGGACUUUGAGAAGUGACUUUGCUGUGGGGAAAAGUGGCUAACUGCAAUAAAGAUGUUCCAUUAGA